CAACGCCUCCCAAUGGGCGCGAUUCCCUAAAUUCGCCCCGCUGCCUUGCGGGUAGGUUAUUUAGCCAAAGGCUCGGGGUGGAGUCCCCUAAGUCAACUCCCUACUUCGGCUUGGGCAACCGGGUAGUAUCACGCCCUCUCGCAAAACCAUGGACUGUAUUACAACUUGCUCAUCAGCUGCUGUUUCUGCUAGUCACUUUCACGCGACUUCAUCACACGCCAAUUAUUUGUUUGUUAACAAUCCUCACUUUCCUUUACCCGAUUCAUGUGCUCAGCAAUCUGGCUGCGAUUCCGGUUGCGCCGCAGACCAAGAGGUUCAACCCAUGGCUCUCCUUCGUCCCCGAUCCUCGUUCCGUCUGGCGUGCUUCAACGUUCGGACACUCAUGCAGAUUGGACAGCAAGCCGGUCUAGCGCGCACUCUAGAUUCCCUAGACAUUGAUGUCUGCUGCCUUUCAGAAACCCGAUUGCAAGAUCCCAGCACUGUGCUUACACUGACAUCCCCCACUGACCACGAAGCCAGAUAUCACCUACGUCUUUCUGGAGAUCCAGAAGCAGCCUCAGCGGGUCUGGCUGGUGUAGGUAUAGCACUAAGUGACAAGGCCGAGGCGGCACUACUGGACUGGUUCCCUAUUAACAGCCGAUUAUGUGCAGUUCGGCUUCGGGGUUCGUGUAGAAUCAACAGGCACCGUGAAGAGAGACACAACUUGUUUGUGAUCUCUGUGUACGCUCCAACUGACUGCAGUGGCGACUCGGUCAAGGACGAAUUCUAUCGGGAUCUACAACAACUCUUGACUAAUGCUAAAAAGUCGGAUGUCGUUAUCCUUGCUGGGGAUUUUAAUGCACGGGUUGGCCGCCUGUUACCAUACGAACGCCACCUUGGUGGUCAUCACUCGCUCGAUGAGAACCGCUCUGAUAACGGAGAGAGACUUCUCACAUUGUGCGAAGACAACCGUCUGUUUCUUUCGAGCACUAACUUCAGGCGUACGAAGAAGCGUUCCGCAACGUGGCGUCCCCCUUCUUCAACACAACCGUGGUCUCAAAUUGAUCACAUUGCAAUUAGCUUCAGAUGGCGCGGCAGCGUACUAGACUGCAGGUCCUUUUGGUCCACAUUCGUUGACUCAGAUCAUGCUCUGGUCUGCGCGAAAAUCUGUAUGUGUUUUGGAGAAUCCCGAAACACGAAGCACCGCAAGAUUGAUGUAAACAGAUUAACUGAUUCCUCUGUCCAGACGAGCUAUCAGUCUUCAUUGGCAUAUGCACUCAGUUGCAAUCCACCGCAAGAAGUGGAACAACACUGGACUUGUAUACGGAAGGCAAUGACCAUUUCCGGACAGUCAUGCUGCGGCCUAACUCGACGCCCCUUGAAGGCUUGGAUCUCUGCUCGUUCUCUGGAGCUGUUCGAAAGCCGCAAAGAUAUACCCGCGGAAUCAGAUUGCAAUGAGCGGCGCCUUUCUGCCAACCGGCUGCUCAAGCAAAGCCUACGCAAGGAUCGCGAGACAUGGUGGUCUGAACGUGCUUUAGAGAUGGAGACCGCUGCCCUUUCUGGCAACACUCGCAGGCUUUUCCAACUCAUUCGGUCCACUGGCCUCAGGAAACCUGGUGUCAGUGAGGUCAUUUGUGAGGUGGAUGAGUCUCCGAUCACCAACCAACAGAGGCGUAUGGACCGUUGGGCCGAGCACUUUCACUCGCAGUUCAACUGGCCUCCACCAUCCAUCA